AUGUCUUCGAACGUAACCGUCAUCGGCGCUAUGCCGCCCCCGCCGGGUGUUGUGCCCAACUUCGAUGAUCCGCCUAGCUUGGCGUCCUUCAUCAUCGCCAUUAGUGUCGUCCUCCCAGCCUUCUCGACAUGCUUCGUUGCAUUGCGGUUCUACACCACGCUUAGGAUCACCCACGUGCGAGAAAUGUCUGACAACCUUCGAUUCGGCUUCGGCCGCCAUCUAUGGGACGUCCCCUUUACGACGUUCAACAUCCAUUUUUUUAAGCUUGGCGCGAUCUCAGGAACGUUCUUUGGGAUGUCUAUUACCUUUUCCAAGCUCUCGAUUCUGGCCUUUUACACGAGGUUUGCCGGCACUGCCGGUAAACAUCAUAAGGUUGCCAUCUACACCCUCGCCAUUAUCGUUCUUAUUUACGGCACCGUCACUUCAUUCCAAUUUCUUUUUGAUUGUCAACCCAUUGAGAAAUAUUGGGAUUUCACCAUUACCGACGGAAAAUGCAUCGACUGGAUACCCCUCAUGGUGUUCAACGGUGUGAUGAAUAGCCUUACUGACGCAGCCAUUUUAAUUCUUCCCAUUUGGCUGCUCUGGCGUUUACGUCUCCCGCUUCGGCAGAGGAUGGGAGUGAUGGGAGUAAUGAUGACCGGCGGCUUGAUUCUCGGCGUUAGCAUCGCCAGGGCAGUAAAAACCGUCGAAGGGCUUUCGAAUCCAGAUUUCACCUGGCACACGGUUCCAUUGUUGGCUGCGAUUGCGUGUGAGACGCAUCUUGGGCUGGUCUGCGUCUGCCUACUAUCCGCCAAACCCUUCCUCAGGAAACAUUUCCCAAAAGUUCUCGGGAGUUCUCGCGGGACUCACUCGGCUACUUACGUUAACCGGUCGAGGACGACACAGUCCGGUGCGCGUGGAUAUCCACUGUCGUCGCGAGACGGAGAUGCGAUAGCAUUGGGUGACGUUGGCCAACAAUCUCUGUCACAGACCGCUAUUGUCGAAAGAGCCUCGACAAAAGCUACGGAAGAGGAACAAGGGUCCGCGGUCUGGGAGCAUGGGCCUCUCUCGUGA